AUGCCUCGGAGUCCUACAUCCAGUGAGGAGGAGAUGGCCCAAAGUUUCUCUGACGGCUCUGGAGGUUUUGAGACAGACAGCUCAAAGGAGGAGCCUGGCCAUGGAGGACCUGGAGGGGAAAGGGCUAGCAGGAGGACAGACAGGAGGGCAGAGAGGGACAGGGCUGCCCGUAGGGAGUCACUGGAAUUCUGUGUGGUCAUCCCUGACCUGCAGCAGUCUAAACGUAUGAGGUUUAAGCCCGAGGCCACGGUGUGGGUUGCUAAGCAGCAGAUCCUGUGUACACUGACCCAGACUUUGAGGGAUGUGCUGAACUACGGCCUCUUCCAGCCCGCUGUGGAGGGCCGAGAGUCCGGCUUCCUGGAUGAGGAGUGUCCCCUUAAAGACUACCCCACUCCCACCAACACUAAGGGGGUCCCCACUCUGGAGUUCCGUUACAAGAGCCGGGUCUAUCAACAGCCCAAUGUGAAUGAGAAGCAGAUCGCCAAAAUCCACACGCAGGCCAACUACAGGAAAUUAAUGGAUCACAUUCAGCAUCACCAGCUGGAUAAACUAGCAAAAAUGCUGGAGAAAGGCCUCGAUCCCAACUACCACGACCCAGACACUGGUGAAACUCCACUGACCUUCGCAGCCCACCUGGACAAUGUGGCGCAGGUCGUCGUUGUACUGAAACACGGUGGAGCACAUCUUGACUUCAGAUCACAAGAUGGGAUGACCGCUCUCCACAAAGCAGUCAGGGCCAAGAAUCAGGUCACACUGAAGGCUCUACUGGAACUAGGCGCCUCCCCAGACUACAAGGACAGCCAAAGUCUGACCCCCCUCUACCACACAGUCCUGGUGGGAGGAGACUCAGGUUGCUGUGAGCUCCUGCUGAGGGCCCGCGCCACCGUCUCCUGCCACGAUGAGAAUGGCUGGCAUGAGAUACACCAGGCGUGUAGAUAUGGACAUGUCCACCACCUGGAGCAGCUGUUGUUCUAUGGAGCAGAUAUGGGUGUCAUGAACGCCUCUGGAAACACGGCUCUACACGUCUGUGCUCUAUACAAAGAGGAACACUGUGCCAGAGUACUGCUUGUUCGUGGUGCCAACAAGGAAGUGAAGAACUACAGAAGCCAGACACCAUUCCAGGUGGCCAUCAUCGCAGGAAACUUUGAAUUGGCAGAAUUAAUCAAGAACCAUAAAGAGACUGAUAUUGUGCCUUUCAGGGAGGCGCCGGCAAAACCCACCCGGCGCCAGCAGGCCCCACGGAGUACACUAGCUGCUCCACGGUCUAUGCUCCUACGCUCCAACAGCGACAACAACCUGAACGUGAACAACUGGUCACCCCUGCCCUCGCCGAGCCACUCUCCCCUUCAUAGCUUGUCACCCCGUCGGCCCCAGCAGCAGCAGAUGCCCAGCCCCAAUGGAACAGUCAGGACCAUGGGGAAGGGGGCUCCCCGCCCUCCCCGUUCACGUUCGCCCUCCCUGGGGCGCCUGGGGGAGGAGACACCCAGACAGAUCCCCCAGCGCCAGCCCAGCCCACACAGGGGUCGGGAAGAGUUCACUGGUGGCACAGACCGCCAGGGGCCCCAUUGUAAGCUGUACAGUGCUGUGGCAGGGAAGCACUUUGUGGUGACUAAGUCCUACCAGCCACAGGCCGAAGGGGAGAUCACCCUGUACCAGAACGACAGGGUCAAAGUGCUCUCCAUAGGUGAGGGUGGUUUCUGGGAGGGCAGUGCCAGGGGUAAAGUGGGAUGGUUCCCAGCAGAGUGUGUGGAGGAGACCCCUAACCAAGAGGAAAGACCAUAUGCCCGAGCAGACAGGGCUGAGAGGAGGAAGCUCUUCAGGCACUACACCGUGGGGUCCUACGACAGCUUUGAUGCAUCAAGCAACUGUGUUAUUGACGAGAAGACGGUAGUUCUACAGAAGAAGGAUAAUGAGGGAUUCGGGUUUGUGCUGCGAGGGGCGAAAGCGGACACGCCCAUCGAGGAGUUCACCCCUACACCCGCCUUCCCCGCCCUGCAGUACCUGGAGUCUGUGGACGAGGGAGGGGUUGCAUGGCGGGCGGGGCUUCGCAACGGAGACUUCCUCAUCGAGGUGAACCAGGAAAAUGUUGUGAAGGUGGGCCACAAACAGGUGGUCAAUACAAUCCGACACGGGGGCAACCGGCUCAUCAUCAAAGUGGUGACAGUUAGCAGGAAUCUGGACCCUGAUGACACGGCCAGGAAGAAAGUGGCCACACCUCCACGUAGGACUCCUCCCGCUGCCCUGUCCAUGGCCAUGCGCUCCAAAUCCAUGACCUCAGAGCUGGAGGAGCUAGAUAAAGUGGAAGAGAACAUGCCUCCUCAGAAGCCCAUAUGGGACAACUCUAACACUGACAUAAGGGUCGCAAACACGGUCAAAACGCGGCCCAACAGCAGGUGCUUGGCCAUGAACCCAGAGAUGAACUCCAUGUGUGAGAGCCAGGACGUGUCGAUGCAGACCCAGACCCAGCCCAGAGAGCCAGGCAGCCCCAGAGGUCGAGGCCCCUUCCUGGGGGUGCCAAACAGACAGGGGACCAUGAGACGACAAAAGUCCAUAGGAACAUCUGGAAUAACAGAAGAGGACGCCCCUCAGUUCCUGACCCCUCCCAUGUUGAAAUUCACCAGGAGCCUAUCAAUGCCGGACACAUCAGAGGACAUCCCACCCCCGCCCGCUAUCUCCCCUCCAUCUCCCCCUUACAACAACGACCCCAACCCCCAGGGCAGAGGCUACGGCACUAUCAGACACACUGUUCCCAAAGGCACCGCCCCUGAGCGAGGGGGGGACCCCAACACGGGCGGCAGGGACGGAUGGAGGGAACAGGGGGGUAUGUACUACACAGAGCCCCAGUCGGAACAGUAUCAGUCUGAGGACCACCACCACCACCAGGGUAGCCAGAGUCCAGGCCAAGGGCUCACAGCCCAGCAGAGCUUCCUGAACCGCAGGGCCCAGAUCCCAGAGAACCCAUACUCAGACCUGGGGAAGAUGGGCAACCUGGGCCUGUUUGCCCCCAACAAACCUCAGAGGAGGAAGGGCAUGCUGAUGAAGCAGAACAAGAUUGAGGACAGCCCAGAGAAGACCUGCACCAUAAAAAUCCCAACCAUCAUCAUCAAAGAACCCUCUACAUCUAGCAGUGGGAAGAGCAGCCAGGGCAGCAGCAUGGAGAUAGAGACUGGAUCCCAUGACCACCCAGGACAACUCCGGCCGGAUGACGGACACAACCCCAGCAGUCCCUUUGCCACGGCCAUGGCGGGCGCAGUGCGGGAACGUGAGAUGAGGAUGGUGGAUUCUCACCAGAACUCCCCAUCCUACAGGUUCACCGACCAGGGUGAAGAAGACUCGCCUCCCGCGCCCGCGCCUCGCCUCCGCCACUCCAAGUCCAUCGACGAGGGAAUGUUCAGUAGUGACGAGCGCCUGCGUCGCCUCAUGGCCCCACCGGCCUCACUACUCAGCAUCCCCAGAAGAGGGAGUAACGUGGCGGUCUUCAACACCCCGGAGCCCACUGUUGUGAGAGAGCCGCUCCACACGCGCACUGGCCACCACAGCCCGGUCAGUCUGCCCGCCAAGACCUAUACCUCCAGUAGUGGGCGCUACGUCCACCCAGUCACAGGGAAGCCUCUGGACCCCAACUCUCCUCUGGCCCUGGCUCUGGCUGCACGGGACCGGGCCAUGAGAGAGCAGUCCCAGCCACUCCCGCUGAAGACCGAACUGCCUAAACCUGACCUGAACAAGCCUCUGUUCAUCGACACCAAGCUGAGGACCGGCAUGGGCGCAAAUUUCUCCUCGACCGCCACCAUGGGUCGACCGGGCAGGGCGGGGCUUCGUAGGCAGAUGACAGAGGCAAAGUACGAGACAGAGUCCAAAUACGACCACCCGUUGGCCAAAGACAAGGACAAGAGUCUCUCCCGUCCUCAGAGAGAAGAGGAGAAGAAGAACAUGUUGAUAGACAUUGGUGACACGUCUCAGCAGAAGUCAGCUGGGUUGCUGAUGGUCCACACCACUGACGAGAACAACCUGUCUGAGGGGGAGAGGGACGGGGCGGUCAGUCCAGACAGCACCCCCAGUGAGCUCCGGGACCCCAACCAACCUAACACCCCCAAAAUGGCCUCCCCUAACCCCCACAACCCCCACUCUAUGGGCCCUGGACCCAGAGGUAGUAAGACCAUGAUCACCGUCACCUCAGUGGACGAGCCGGUCAAACUACCCUUCGGUAUCCCCCCUCCACCCUGUGUUCCCUCCGUGGACAUCGACGAUGAGUUCUUUGCUGACCCACUGCCACCGCCGCUCGAGUUCGCCAACAGCUUCGACAUCCCAGAGGACCAAAAGGGGGCGAUCGCUGAGCUCCUGAAACAGCAACGAAACGCUGGCAGGGCACCAUCGUCUCUAGCCCCCUUCUAUCCCUAUCACGGUAACACCCCAGGCCACCCUGACCAGACCAUGAUCAAACGGCCUGCGGUGCUCACCAACUGUACGCCCCCCUGUUUCCCCCAUGCCCUCUUGGAGAGCUACGAUCCUAUCAGUGACUCGGGCAUUGAUGUGGAGCCGGACAGCCGCAGUAUUGGAGACCCCCAGCUGGAGACUACAAGCACUAUGUCCACCGUAUCCAGUAUCUCCACGCUGUCGUCCGAGGGUGGCGAGGUGCUGGACAACACAUGUACAGUCUAUGCAGACAGACAGGCCUUUCUGGUGGACCGGACUUCAAAGUCAAGAACCAGGCAACCUGCCGCAAACAAGAGCAACGCACUUUACAAGGACCCUGCCUUGAUGGAUAGAGAGGAGAACAUAAGAACUUUCGCCGCACCUUCCUCCGUCCCACCGCCUCCCCCCGGGGCCAGCGUCUCUUCAGAGCCUCCCAGAACACCAACUCAAAGAACCUCCAAGCUAUGGGGAGACCCUCCAGGCUCUAACCCCCAGGACAUGCAGAACAAGGACAGGACACCAAAGCCAGGAGAGGGGAUAGACUCUUCUUCCUCAGGAUGUAGGACUGUUUUUGGAUCAAGGGGUCCGGACAGUGGGUCCCUCUCCUCAGGUACACAGCGGAAUACCACAGUCUCUUUUGCUGCCCAGCUCCCCCCGAACGUGCCUGCCCCAUCUCCAAACCAACAGACAGAGAGCCCCUCCCACCACAGAGCCCCCAGCCCCAUCCUCUCUCCCCCAGACUCAGGCCUCGGCUGUGCCUCCUCACUCCCUGCCACCUCUCCCACCCUUUCAGACGUGUUCGGCCUGCCCACCCCCCCUCUCAGCCUGGGCACGGGGAGCAGCCGCUCACCCUCCCCCCUCACCCUCAUCCAGGCCGUCUCCAACAAGCCUUUUGCCACCAAGCCGGUUCUGAUGUGGAGCAAACACGACGUGGCCGACUGGCUGGAAAGCCUAAACCUGGCUGAGCACAGAGACACCUUCAUGGACAACGACAUCGAGGGCAGCCACCUGCCUAGCCUACAGAAGGACGACCUCAUAGACCUAGGGGUGACCAGGGUCGGACAUCGGAUGAACAUAGAGAGAGCUUUGAAACUUCUGAUGGACAGGUGAGAAGUGAGGAGGGUGAUGAGGUCUCUGAGUCUCCAACACUACAACUUCACAACAGGCGAAGUUAAUGAUCAAUUAUGUCCAUAACAAUCAUUUUUAUUUAUGUUGACUUAUUUAAACUAUACUUACUGUAUAAUUGCUAUGAUGAUGCUUGUUUUGUUGAAAUUUAGGAAUAUCCUCAUGUAUCCUGAAGAAAUUGCAACUUGAAACAGCACUGCAGUUUCCUGAAUAAACAAGAAGGUCCCCCCAGAGUGGGAUAGAGUGGUCCCAGGUGAGACAGAGCUGCUCUGUCAGUAGGAAGGAAGGAAGAAAGUAGAUACACGGGAUGUGGCUGUGAUAUGGAAUAUACUACACUAUCAAACACAGCAGCUUAAUCGCUAUGGGAUUUACGGACUUCUGAAAUCAACCUCAUUUAAAUGCAUAACUAGAACCAGCUUCGUAGGGGUUUCAUUUCCUACUGUUUCUCAUUUAGAAAUGAUGCGGUGAAUAUCUUUUUAGGAAAAAGUGGAAAACAUUUACAGUAUGUAUGUGCACUUCUGCCUGUGAAAUUAAGCUUUCUCUCUCGCCCUUUUCACUGGGUUGUAGGUUAAUUUGAGAGAGCGUACAGUGUAUUCUCAGACACAGACAUUUAUACCCAGAAAGGAAAUCAAAGAUUAAAUUAAUUUCUAAAUUGGUACAGUAGCAAAGUUGUUGCCCUUCAACCUUAUUUCAAUAGCUGUUUUACUACUGGUCAUGUUUACUUGAGAGUUUUAAACACAGUAUUGAAAAUGUAAAUUAAAUUGUUCAUAAAUCAUUAUACUGUCUUCCACAGGAAGCUGAACUGUGUGCCAACAGCUCCCCCUACUGUAGUCUCCUGAACAUGACAUGGCAGAGUGCUUGGCACUGGCAGUCAGGGCUUUCCAAUCGUUAUCAUCAACCGUCAUCCUUUCUUUCAGUCUUCUAUGUCCUCUGAGAGGAAUAAUACAAACAUUAUCACAUUAGGUUAUUACUGUAUACCCUGAACUGAUGUUUAGGACUUUAGGAUUGAAGACACUAUCAGGAAUGAAUGACCCAGAGUUACAGGGUUGGGUCAAUUCCAUUUCAAUUAAAGGUAGAGUCAGCGAUAUGACAUAGAUGCACAAAGUAAACAGCAUAGUGGGUCAAUUGUAUGCGACAACUUAGAGCGUUAGAUUGCGAUGCUCAGCUUCUCUGCUGUUUUGGUCCUGUGGCUACCACGUUGUAAGUGCAUGAAUCGAACCAGAGCACAUGUACAGAUACUGUGUGAGAGCGAAGUCUUGCAUCUUGCUCAUUGCAAUAUCUGCGGUGCUGCUCACUCAACGUCAUUUUGCGGACUCUGGAAGUAAACUAAAUUUCUAAUUCUACAAUUUUUGCAACGUGAAGCAUUGUGUAAAAUUGGAAAUGGAAUUUCAGUUUACUUCCUGAAUUGAAAAGGAAUUUACCCCAACACUGCAGAGUAAGCAUGCUUUUGAAGACAGAUAUCAGAGAAGUGUAUGCACUAUAUGGGAAAAAGUAGGUGAACAAACACUAAACCUGGUAUCAGAAGGAGCAGAGUUCAACUGGUUUGGCAAGCAAAGAGAGACGCAGAUACCACUAGGAAUAAAUUUGAUAAGAAUGUUUACUUUCACAUUUGAAUUCAUGUUAGUUGAUAACUCAACCAAAUGUAAAUCAAAACUUUACAUUUGGUUGAGUUGAGCAUAAUUUCCUCCAUGUUUUCAAGACAGGGUCUCUUCAUACUAUCACCAGUAAGUCCAUAAAGCCAGAGAUUCACUCAUCACAACGUGGAUGAGUUUAAAAUGUAGUUUAUUACACUUUCCACUGAGUUUGUCUGAAACGGGCUGAAGUUGUAUUUUCCACUCAGUUUGCGUUGGGUUUAUAUUCCGGACCUUAACAGUUUAAACUUCUUGAUAUUUGAAUUUCCCGAGUAACAAAAUGUGGGUGCUAGCUAAAAUCCCAAUGACAGUAUUUAUGGAAGGUUAUUUUGGAUCUACAUGUGCGUGGGAUCUAUUGGUUUGAGAGGGGGAAAACUGACCUUGAUAUGUCUGAUGACUGAUAUGCAUGACAUCACAGCAUUAAAGUUCUUGUCCGUAGAAAUAGUCCACAGAAACCGUAGAAAUAGAAUUCAUUAUAUUUCUAUGGUAAUGACUACGACCAUCUUUGACAGUACUCUCUGUCGACUUGAGGGCACACUUUGAGAUGAGAUCUUAUGUUAAGAACCACAGGAACAGGAAGGAACACAGUAUUUUUGAUGAUGUAGAGAUAUUUAUCAUGAGGGUAUAUUCCUAUCUGUGUAGUCGCCAUAUCAACCCUGACGUGUGGUUAGGUUUUCCGAAAAGCAGCGAAAUAUGGUUAAGAAGCAAUAUAAUAUACAUUCUGUUUCAAGUAGAUGUUAUUUUUAUUUUCCAGGUGAAUAAUUAUACAUGUAACAGGAUUUCAAGUCUCUAUUUUUAAAAUUGAUAUAAAUAAUUGUGUUAUAAUCCAUAUUCCUAUAGAGCAUAUUUGAAAUCUUUUAGCAAUUGAUAGUCACGUUUUGACUAAGCCUCUGUAAUUAUUAAUUAUUAAAAGCUGAUAUAAAUUGAUAUUUGCAUAGUUUGUGCAUCAUGUAUGUAUACUAUGAAGAUACUCAGGCUGUACAUGUCUUCACUAUUUGCUAUAGGAAACGUUACUUGACCAAGAGAAAAACACACCACUGAAUGGGACUGCUGAUGUACAGUAGAUUUGAUGGCUGCACAUUGCACUGAGGCCAUGCACAGACCUAUUAUAGUGAAGCUGACUAGACAUAUAUAGUGAAGCUGACUAGACAUAUAUAGUGAAGCUGACUAGACAUAUAUAGUGAAGCUGACAAGACUUAGUAGUGAAGCUGACUAGACAUAGAAGUGAAGCUGACUAGACAUAGUAGUGAAGCUGACUAGACAUAGAAGUGAAGCUGACUAGACAUAGUAGUGAAGCUGACUAGACUUAGUAGUGAAGCUGACUAGACAUAUAUAGUGAAGCUGACUAGACAUAGUAGUGAAGCUGACUAGACAUAUAGUGAAGCUGACUAGACAUAUAUAGUGAAGCUGACUAGACAUAGUAGUGAAGCUGACUAGACAUAGAAGUGAAGCUGACUAGACAUAGAAGUGAAGCUGACUAGACAUAUAGUGAAGCUGACUAGAUAUAUAGUGAAACUGACUAGACCUAGUAGUGAAGCUGACUAGACCUAGUAGUGAAGCUGACUAGACCUAGUAGUGAAGCUGACUAGACUUAGUAGUGAAGCUGACUAGACUUAGUAGCGAAGCUGACUAGACUUAGUAGCGAAGCUGACUAGACUUAGUAGCGAAGCUGACUAGACUUAGUAGCGAAGCUGACUAGACAUAUAUAGUGAAGCUGACUAGACAUAGUAGUGAAGCUGACUAGACAUAGUAGUGAAGCUGACUAGACAUAGUAGUGAAGAUGACUAGACAUGUAUAGUGAAGCUGACUAGACCUAGUAGUGAAGCUGGCUAGACUUAGUAGUGAAGCUGACUAGACCUUGUAGUGAAGCUGACUAGACAUAUAGUGAAGCUGACCAGACCUAUAUCGGGAAGCUGACUAGACGUAGUAGUGAAGCUUAGACCCAUAUAUUGAAGCUGACUAGACCUAUCUAGUGAAGCUGACUAGACCUAGUAGUGAAGCUGACUAGACCUAUCUAGUGAAGCUGACUAGACCUAUCUAGUGAAGCUGACUAGACCUAUCUAGUGAAGCUGACUAGACCUAGUAGUGAAGCUGACUAGACCUAGUAGUGAAGCUGACUAGACCUAGUAGUGAAGCUGACUAGACCUAUCUAGUGAAGCUGACUAGACCUAUCUAGUGAAGCUGACUAGACCUAUCUAGUGAAGCUGACUAGACCUAUCUAGUGAAGCUGACUAGACCUAUCUAGUGAAGCUGACUAGACCUAUCUAGUGAAGCUGACUAGACCUAGUAGUGAAGCUGACUAGACCUAGUAGUGAAGCUGACUAAACCUAGUAGUGAAGCUGACCAGACCUAUGAAGUGAAGCUGACUAGGUCUAUUAUAGUGAAGCUGACUAGACCUAUUAUAGUGAAGCUGACUAGACCUAUAUACUAAGGCAUCUGAAGUGCAGAGAGUUUGAAGGAAAGUUAAUUCAUCAGCAGAUUGGGCUGUGCUACUGUACCGUGGCCCCUAAUGGGCAAAGUUUUAAAAGCUACUUUGCCCCGUAGGGUUCCAAUCGAACAUAGCCUACAAAUCCUGGAUGAAUACAACUCUAUUUCAGGUUUCAGUGUGAAACAAUAGUGAACUGUAGUAUGAUGCUGUCUGGAAUUCCAGGCUACAUGGGACAUGCUAAGAUGCAGUAAAUUCCAGUUAACAGGUGUCAGAUCCGAAAUGUUUGUCCUCUUGUUUUAUUCUUCACAGAUAAAGAAUCACUCUCCUUUUUUGUCAACUUCCUUUUCAUGCUUUCUAUGUUGCUGUAAUUUUGUGCUACGAAUCGUUUAAUUUAACUUUUAGAUGAAAAUAUUAUUAUUGAGAUCACAGGAAGAAAAGUAUUUGUAAAUCCACAAUACUUGUAUGGAAAACAACAUUUUAUGCAGGUUAAUAAAUAUAUUACACAAUAUUUGAUGA